CUGGGAACCCUGAGGGAGAGCUGGUAACCCUGGGGACAGCUGGGAACCCUGGGGAGAGCUGGGAACCCUGGGGAGAGCUGGGAACCCUGGGGAGAGUUGGGAACCCCGAGGGAGAGCUGGGAACCCUGAGGGAGAGCUGGGAACCCUGGGGGAGAGCUGGGAACCCUGAGGGAGAGCUGGGAACCCUGGGGGAGAGCUGGGAACCCUGAGGGAGAGCUGGGAACCCUGGGGGAGAGCUGGGAGCUGUGACUAAAGAGCUGAAGCUGAAAACUAUGCAUGGACAGUUAGGUAACAUGACGGAGGGUAACACGAUGGGGGUUGAGAGGGAGGAGUAUGUGGAGGUGGUGCAGGAUUACUCUUACCAGCGGGAUGACCGCACCUUUCACAUGACGAAGGGAGAGAUCCUGAUGCUCCUCAAGCGUUCCACCAGUGACUGGUGGCAGGUCAUAAGACAAGGAGAACAACGACCAUUCUUUGCUCCUGUGCAAUAUGUACAUAUAACAACUGUGCCACAAGAACAAAUGAAACAAUUUAUCAAGCAAGGAAGGCAGCAGCAAAAGCUGCACCAAAAGCAAAGUUCAGAUGAAAUCAUUCCAGUUAAUAGGCCGCAGGGCUUAUCAUUACAACAGAUGGAAAGCCUGUCUGCAUCAGCCAAUGUAGAGAUUCCAUUUACCAUCAAUCCAGUUACUAGUCAUAGUUACAUGGCUACAAUAGAGCCAACCGGGGUAGUAUCAGAGAGGAGAGAUCAGUUCCCAAACAGACCGCAUGGAUUUUCCUCUUUUAAAAACGAUUCACUUAAAGGGUUGUCCCCCAGGAACAGCAGCAGCAGCAGCAAUGAGCUGCUGUCUCCAAACAGUCGAGGUCCUGCACACGGAGGACAGGAAUCCUCGUCCUCACACACAUCAAAAUCAAGCUUGAAUGAUGGCAGCAUGGAGUCACUCAAGUAUCUCCAUUCUAGAAAGCAAGGGAUAAAGGCAGCUUCACAUGAUGAGUUAAUAUGUGGGAAUCGAAGUCAAUCCACUUUGGAUGUUAGUCAACCUCGAGCAGCUAGCAAUGAGGAAUUGGAUGGUCAUUAUAGUGGCAGAGAUUAUAUAUUUAAGAGCAAUCAACUAAGUUAUCGUCAUAGAUCCAACUCUGUUGAUUUUAGAUUAUUUCAGAAAGAAUUAUCAUUUAGUGAAAUGAAGCAAGGAUCUCUUGAUAAGAGUCGUAAGCCAAGACUGUCAAAAGAUCCAGGCAAUAGACGUAGAUCCUGGGCAGUUGAGGAGCUACGUGCAUCAGAGAAUUUCCGUCCUUCUCUAAGAAGAGGGGAGACUGUGGAUGCAGCCAUUGUCCUGGAUGUGCCUCCAAAACUGCCACCUAAACAACGAAAGCAGAGACUUGAAACAUUUAACUCUAGCUCAGAAAAUAUUGGUAUUUUAGAAGGACCAAUUGACAUUAAGUUACAGGAAGUUAAACUAAGUAUGGCUCCAUCUGGAAUAAAUGUUAACAGUCAAAGUCACUCCCGUGAGAUGGGACAUUAUCGCCACACCUCUGAUCCUCUUAUAUUGUCAGAAAAUGAACAUAAAAAUUCUCUUAGUCGUCAUGAUGCUCAGGAUUUAAAAGAUCCUCCAGUUGCUUUACCAAGAAAGAUUUUACCUCCUCAAGUUUCUUCACUUGAAAGAAACAAAGAGGAUGAGGAAUCCACAAAAAGUAUGAAAGUUGGCAUUUCAGCAUCAGUAAGUUUAGGUGAUUCUUUGCCUAGAGAAACAAAUAGCAGUCAGGUAAAGAAAAGCUCAAGCCAUAGUAAUUUGAGUAGUAAUCCUGCCAGUAAGGGUGGAGGAAUUCUGAAGAGGGGUGCAAGUUUGUCAAAAGGGAACCAUGGACCAAAGAUCUGCACUAAUCCUGACUCUGUUCCAAAAAUUCCUGGCACAAUAGAUUUGUUGAGAAUUGAUGGUGGCACUCCAACAUCUACCAGGAAAGACUAUGGACCUCCUGAGUCUCCUAGAAAACAUCAUAUAUCUUCUGGAAAGGUGGCUGGAAUUAUUGAAACAUGGAGGAGCUUCAAGUACAAGGGUGAGAGGCGAGACUGCAAGAAGGAAGACGAGAAGGAAAACGAAGGUGGCAUAAUGUCAUCUAGAGAGACUCCAACGCCUGACACUUCACGUGGUGGAAAAAUGACACAGACUCCACCUUCACCACAAACAAGUCCCCAAAGGAUAGUUUUUGAUGACUGGGGUGAAUAUAUUGAUGAGGGUACAAAAAGACAAUAUUUUUAUAACACAAGAACCCGCGAGAAGCGAUGGAAGCCCCCACGAAAAGGAAUACAUUCAGUUGCCAUUCCUGAGGUACCUCCAUCUGCUAGACAAGAGGAACCGAGAUGUGGCUCAAGUCGUCCACCAAGGAGUCCGGCACCUGACUAUCCCAAUUCUCCCAAAUCCUCCCAUAAGCCUUUCUCUUACUCAAACCUGCCUGAAGGAUACUUACCGUCACAGUUAAACAGGGCUGCUACUCUCACACCGGCCUCCAGUGUCACCUCGCACCCACAGCUGGUUUCGUCUCUCACAUUACCUGCAUAUGGUGUUUCCUCACACAAGAACAUGUCUCUACACUUUCCUUCCAAUGCCCACCAAAUUCCUGCCCUGGGUUCAAAUACUCCCCCCAUUGCCCCACCCAGCAGUGCCAAACCCCACUACCCAUCCACUCCUACCACUGAAUUUCCAGAAUUACCUGAGACUGAAUCAAAUUCUGCCUUGCUUGACAUAUUAUACAAUAUGAGUCCCCCAAAAGGCUGGCGUAAAGAAUAUGAUGCUCUCACACAGAUGGUAUACUUCUACAACACGGCUACCAAACAGCGGUCAAAGGGAGUUACGUGGGUGACAGAAGUGGACAUUUCCCAUCACGAGAACAAGCAGUACAUGCGCAAGAGUUACCAGAGUACAAUGGAUCUUGCCAAAGAACUGCAGUUAGAUGCAGAUGUUUUUGUUAAUAAGUGUUAUGAUUCUGGAGAAGCUUCUGUAAGGAGUACUGUUACUCCCGCUUGUGAAGGUGAUAAUACAAUAAACGUGACAGAAAAGAUUCAAACACAGAAUCAUCCUGAAGCUUCAAAAGCACCGGGACAUAAACAGGAACGAGAUGUUGGUCACGAUGCCAAAGUUCCGCCAAAAAAGCCUCCUCGAAAAUCUCAGUUGUCUGUGCAGGCAUCACUGCCUAUUCAGACAAGACAGACAGAGGUGGUUGCAAUCACCAGCCGCCCACGUUCGCCACGUGUCCAGACUCGUUGUGUUUUGGGCCCACUUGAUACUCCGUCAAUAAUGGAACCUGGUUCUCGAGUCUCCUCUUUUGCACCACGUUCAAGUACUUCUCGACCUCAUGGACAUUCCAGGAGUAAGUCUGAAAGUUUAAAAGUUGAUCAACUGAAACUACAAGACAUAGGCAUUCAAGAUUCUGCAUUAGCAUUAAGUAGUAUGUUUACCAGCCUGGGGCCAGAUUCUCGGUGUGCCACGACCCCCAGGUCCCAAGUCACACGUACACCAAGCCCCAAGUCACCUUCCCCACAUGCAACAAGAUCCAAGUCACCAUCUCCACUUGCUACCAGAUCCAAGUCACCACAAAAAUAUUCUAUUAGUCCUAAGUCACCUUCCUUUAUGCAGAAGCCCAAGUCACCCUCCUUCAUGAGAAAACAGAAAAACCAAGUAAGAGGACCUGUUUCCACACAACAGGAUACAUCUUCUGAAACACUGAUUAGUAAGCGUGAUGUUAGCCCAGGAAGCAUUGCAGAAAAAUGUGAUAAGGAAAUUAGUUCACAUCACCCAGCUGGCAUGCUUCAUUGCCUGACAGAGCAAGAUCAAAAUGAAAAGUGCACGGAAUCAGAUAAUGAAAAAUUUAUGCCCAAAUCUCAAUUUGAUGAGAUUCUGAAAGAGUUAAGUGCUCAUAGCAUUAUGUCAGCCUUGUCGCAUUUGCUGCCUUCAUAUAAUGAGAGCAGUGAAGAAAUAAACUCAUCUACUGAUAGUGAGUGUGUGAGAAUUCCAUAUAAAACUUCCGAGUCUGGUGUUGGAAAAGAUGAAGGCACGUUACGGAAAAGAGGGCAGGAGGGAAUAUUUUCUUUUUCAAUCAGUCCACAAGAUCGGUUAAUGGAAGGCAAAACUGUACCAAAGUCGCUGAGUCAUGUUCGAAAGUCAACAUUUAUUAGUCAAGAUGAGGUAGGAUUUAUCCUAGAAGAUAAAUCUCUGUCUAGCAUAUAUAGAUCAACGUCCUCGGAAGCUAGUAGCCCCAUUCUGUUGGCCCGGAUUAAUGAUUCAGUCUCUUCACGCUCCUUAAGCUACGAUCAAGGAAGUGAAAUCCAGUCAGAUUGGGAUGAAUCUACGUUUACUGAUGAUGCUGAAAGCUUUUCACCUACUCUACAGUUUCAUUUUACUGGAAGUGAUGGUGGAAGAGAGCGCAAGAAAUCGCAAGAUUCUCAAAAGUGGCUGGCGACGAAUAAUGAUGAAGGCAAGAUCUACUACUACGAAGAGUCGGGUUCUAAAAGUCUGUGGAGACUUCCACAGAUUGACGACUGUGACAACUCUUCCGUGGACGGCAAGGGGAUCAGAGUUUCCACCAUAGCAGAGAAUUUGGCAGAGUUAAGUGCAAAUAUUGUUAAAGAAGGAUUCCUGCAUCGCACUUUCUUUUUACGAGAUGGGAAGAAGGUCCGCAAAAACUGGACACAAUCUUAUGUUCGGUUCAUUGUAGGAGCUUUUAACUCGGGGUCCUCAGGACUUCUCUACUUUUCCAAGACGAAAGAUGAAGAUAAGAAAGCGGAGAUAUUUGAGUUUUAUCCGACAUGCUACUUGGAGCACACUACAGACAAGAAGACAAGCAGACAGCAAGUGCUGGGUUUGAGGAAUGGUCAUGAUACAGAGGUGUUACUUCAGUUUGAAGAUAAAGACAUUGCAGUAGAAUGGUUUAAGAUUCUUGAAACACAUGAAGGUGUACAGUACAGUGUUGCUCCCACGCUUGAGAAGGAAGAGAAGAAAGGAAAACGGGGAUCUGAGAAGAUCAAACGUGAAGCCAGUGUUGAGCACCUUAAUCCUGACAGCAAGGGUAUCACUGAUAAACUUCGUAAUUUUAUAAAAAGAAGGCCAUUAAAGGAAACUCUAGAGAAAAAGGGCAUUUAUAAAGAGUCGGUGUUUGGCAGUACUCUCGCAGAGCUUCAUAUUCAGGACAAAACCACAAUUCCUAUAUUUGUUCUUCAGUGUAUUAACCACAUAGAGAAAAACCACGAAAAUUUACACACUGAUGGAUUAUAUCGGAUAUCUGGAAAUGCUGCUCAAAUUCAGAAGAUCAGAUUUGAGGUUGCCCAGAGAAACUACAGCAUUUUGAGUAGAGAGAAGGAAAUUCACAACCUGUCUGGGGCUUUGAAGUUGUUCUUCCGUGAGCUCAAGGAGCCGCUGAUUCCAUUUGACAAUUACCAGGACUUCAUCCAAGCUACUGGAUCUGAGUACCGGCGGAUGAACCAACAAGUGGAGAAAUUGACAAAAGCUGUGAACAGGCUCCCACCAGAAAAUUAUGAUACUCUCAAGGUUCUUCUUCAGCAUCUUCUCAGAGUAAGUGAAUUUGAGAGUGAAAAUCGGAUGAGUAUUUCAAACCUAGCCAUCGUGUUUGGACCCUGCCUUCUUUGGCCACAAGUAACAUCAUCUCACGACCUCAUGACAGACGUGAUGCUCCACAAUCGUGUUAUUGAGGGACUUCUCUCCGAUUUCUCACAAAUAUUUUCCAGCAGAAAGUGAUGAGUAAUAUGUAAUGAUAUUAUCAUUCCACUCAUAAAGGUACCUGAAAAUUUUGCCUUGUUUUAGGUCAUAUCAUAUACUACACCAUUAUUUCUAACACUGUCGGGAAUCAUGUUAAGAUUUCUUUGUUACAUCAGGAUUUGUAAUCCCAUUACUGUUAUGAAAUGGACUUUAUACAUCUGAAAAGCAGUGGAAACUGGGACAAAUGACAGUUGGGGUAAAACUGUUCAUAAUAAUGACCGAGUUCCUUCAUAAUUUUCUAGUUCAGUGUUUUAUAACGACGAGUCUUGGUGAGUAUCAUACCGGUUACAGAAUGCAUCUGAGAGUUGUAUUGCCAUUAAAAUUAGUGUUAGGUAUUCAUCUCUGUGAUGCAGGCUGGAAAAGCGUUCAUAUUAACUUAUCAUGUAACAGUUUCCUGUGCUUUGCAUUCCAUUAUGGUGUUCAACAGUGUGUAUGAGGUGCUAUUUUGUAGAAUUUCUUUCUGUACUGUGCAACAAAAGGUUUAUGAAAAGUUAAAUUAUUUUGUGUUUCGUUGUUAGUAUGCUUAUCUUUUUCUUUAUGGAAAAAUGUUAACAAAAAAGACAGUUUACAACCCUACCUGUUGUGUAUUAUCAAGAGUGUGCUCGUGUUACUUGUAAAUACAUGGCUCAGUAUUGUGUAUCUUACGUCAUUACCGCAGAGAGCGUUUAGCGCUCUUAAGUCAGCUUUGUACAGUAUUUCUCUGUAUUACUUGUAUAUGUAUCCCAAACUGUAUAUUUUGAAUUCAUAAUGUCUUGAAUGUUGUAUAAUAAUUGUUUGUAAUUAUUAGAGUUGGGGUAUAGGUUCGUAAUGUGUCAACCAAAUGUUUAUAUGGUGGUAAUUUUGGGCCUCUGCAGUAACCUGGAGAUUUGUAUAUAUAUUAUCCCAUUAAGAGAGGACAUUCAAAUUGUCCACCACCAAAAGCUGUAUAUAUAAUUAUUAUGCAUCUUAUAUGAAGCAAGUAUAAUUGUUAUUUCUAUUAUUUUUAUUUUAUAAAGGCUUAUUUUGUUAAAUAUUUUGGACCACUGAAGUUGUACCUUAACACAAAAUAGUUUGAGAGUGAAUCUUAAGCCAAGAGUGGUAACGUGUACACUGAUUUUUUUUUUUUGGGGGGGGGGAAAGGGGCACACCACUGUUAUAUAUUUUAAAAGUGGUAAAUGAUGCAUAUUGGCCAAAGUUAAUGAUGGGAGAUAUAUUAUGAUGGCUUUUGCACAGUUAAGGCUUUUACGUAGCCAAGGCUUUUGUGUAGCCAAGGCUUUUAUGUAGCCAAGGCUUUUAUGUAGCCAAGGCUUUUAUGUAGCCAAGGCUUUUGUGUAGCCAAGGCUUUUAUGUAGCCAAGGCUUUUAUGUAGCCAAGGCUUUUGUGUAGCCAAGGCUUUUAUGUAGCCAAGGCUUUUGUGUAGCCAAGGCUUUUGUGUAGCCAAGGCUUUUAUGUAGCCAAGGCUUUUGUGUAGCCAAGGCUUUUAUGUAGCCAAGGCUUUUAUGUAGCCAAGGCUUUUAAGGGAUAGGUUUAGGGCUCAUCCCAAGGGGCUCCAGCCUCUACUUUAUUAUAAAUUAUAUCUCUUGGAAUGUUGUCAAGAGAAGUCACAAGUCUUCACUGUGUAGUGUAUUUUAUAUAAGAAAAUAUUUAAAUACAAUGAUUGAAAAUACUAUAUUAUGUGCAUGAUUUAAAUAAAUAUUCAUUAAAGCAUUACUUUGUGAUCUGCCUUGGGCUGGCCCAUUUAUAGUCAUGAUUUUUUCACCCCUAUUUAUAGCUAUUUUCCUAUCCUUUCUAUGCAUUUAAGGGUUCACCUAAAUCUAGUUGUCAAGUUAUUAGUUUUAAGAUGUAAAUGCAUGGUGUAGCAGAUACUACUCUUCAUUCAUUACAGGAUCAAAUUCCCACUGUGCAAAUUAAUAAAAAUGUUUUGCAACAUUUACAAUGAUUGCAUAUAAGCAAGAAGGCAUUAUAGUUGUCUUAAAUUGCAUUUUUUCAUUUUGAUGUGCAUUACUUCUAUGGCAGAAUGUACAUACUGUAUUUUACUCCUCAAUUACACCAGUUGCUAAUAAUUAUGUAGAUAUUUAUAGUACACUGAACCAUGCACUCCCACUCAAAUGGAACACAUUUCUUUGGAAUAUCAGGUAAACCAGAAGCUUUUUAUUCAAUUGCAAAAAAGAGCAAAGCUCAGAUGCGCCUCAUCUAAUUUAAGCCAUUAAAAACAAUAGCAGAUUUUGUCAUGGGUCUGGUUGACUUCAUUAUAUCCAUAUACAGUACCAGGUACAAUAUCCAUAUACAGUACCAGGUACAAUAUCCAUAUACAGUACCAGGUACAAUAUCCAUAUACAGUACCAGGUACAAUAUCCAUAUACAGUACCAGGUACAAUAUAUGUAUUAUAACCAGAUUUGCAUCCUUUGUAUAAUAACUGGGUGAUAAUAACUAAUCAACAUGUGAUGAAAACUCUGCAUUACCCCAAUGAUCAACUCAUGAUGAUAUCCACCUCUGAAGGUUAGUAAUUGUCAUAUGUUAAUCUCUGGACCAAUGCAGUUAUCUUCAUUUUCCAAUUUUAGUUAUUAUAUCCUGGUUUUAUGUAAAUCGUGUAAAUAUGGGUAUAAAAGCUAUAAUACAUGAAUGUAAAGGAGUUAGCCAAGACUCCAAAAAUAAUUUGCUAUCACUUUUAAUUUCUGUAUUUACUAUGCAAUGAAAUUAUCAUGUAUUAGUGGCUUACAAUUAUUUUCAAAUCACAGUUUGGUCUUUCCUGCCUUUGUUUGAAUUUGUUUUUGGACAAUGUUCCCAGACAGAACAGCAGCAAAGAAGUUGGUUGCUGGACAUUUCCCUUGAGAAAUUCCGAGGACAGGUUUGUGUGUUUUACCCUGAAUUUACCUGAAAACCACUAUCUCUAUCAGCCUCAACGAGAACUAGAAGCCGGCGGCAUGUCAAAGUUUUUCCCCCCACACUGUUCCUAAGGAUUUUUUCCAACUGGUGUACAUAUUACAUUUUAGGCUUCCAUAUAGUAUUUAAUCACUUGUUAUCAAAUAUUUGUUCAUAAACUGAGAUGUUCAACAACAACAAAAUAAUGCAAACUAACAUGUGAAGCCACGAACAUAAAAAUUGUCCAAGUUUAUCAUUUGAGGCCACUCAUGUCCCUACACCACGAGUAAACAAGCUGCAUAUCUGGUUGUGAGACAUUGACUGCACCACCCAGCUACUGUGUAUACCUCAUAUAACCAGAGAAGUAGCAGUUUUGGGGGGACAUUUUUUGUACAUUUUUGGCAAUACAGUACCAUAUUUUUGUAUGGUAAAAAUAAUUAUAUUUUUAUUCUUCUAGCACAACCAAAGGGCUAAGAAGAAAAAUAAAGCAAUAUUAGACUACACCACACACCAGAAGAUGAGGAGACGAUGACGUUUUGGUCCAUCCUGGACUAUUAUCACAAUUGACAUGAUAAUGGUCCAGGACAGACUGAAACAGCGUCGUCUCCUCAUCUUCUGGUGUGUGGUUUAGUCUUUAUAUCCUCAGCUACGUUAUUGUGACUCGUCGUCUGCAAAGCAAUACAGUAUUAAUGUCAUGAAAAGUUUGGCCAUUUGAUCAUCAUAAGACAAUUGAAGCUUGACUAAAGAUAAAUACAAUAAAAUAACAAUUUUGUAUUGUUUAUUCUGGUUCUAUAGCAUCAUUAUUAUUAUUACAUUAUUAGAUAUAAUGAAUAUAUUAAAUUAUGAAUUAAUGCCUGCUUUAUUAUUUCUGGUAACAAAAAUUGCUCUUGAAAAUUGUCAAAUCCAUGCUGAUGGCAUAGUCAACAGAAGAUGAGAUAGAACAAAAAGGCGUCUGUUUAAAUGUGUUUGUUCCAAGAGGCGUACAUAGUAAUGGUUUUCAGAAAUGAAUAUUUUGGGGAAAAGUAAUGGUUUUACUCCUGACAUAUGUUAAUGUUGGUGGUGUGCUAUGUUGCUGACUGUGGUAUGAUACUAAUGGCAGCAUGUCAGUGACAGUCUUUAGUUACCACCAGUGGUGUGUCACUGACAGUCAUAUGGCAUUGACGGUGGUGUGUCAUUGAUUGUGGUGUUAUUGCCAGUAGUUUCUCAGUUAAUGGUGGUGCGUCACUGACAAUGGUGGAUCAUUUGACAGUGGUGUCACUGUUUAAGUGUUGUAUUAUAUAAAAAAGACUUGGUGGGUCUUGGGUAUAUGGUGGGUAGAUUGUUCAGAAUGUUCAUUUGUGAAUAUUGAGAUAACAUGUAUUUCAAGUAUUUAAGAAAGAUUUGUGUGUGUACCACUACAUUGUUGAAGAGAAUGAGGCAUUGUAAACACACUUGUAAUAAUGAUAUAACAAAUCAAUUUUUUAUUCUUAAAAAUAAAAUAUAUAAAGCUAGGUAAUUGGAACAUUUGGAAUACAUGAUGAAUGCUUGUCUAGCUAAAGUUCAUAUAAAUAUAAUUGGAGUUAUAGGAGCAUAGUUGAAGUUAUAGGCAAAUGUAGAUGGCUAAGUAUAGAUUUUAAAGCUGUAACCAAGAUGUUUACAUAAAGUGCCAGUAAGAGAACAGACAAUGACUAUUGGGCAAAACUGUAAAAGAAUAUAGUAAACAAACCUAAUAUAUAUAUUUGUAAGCAGUGAAUAGUUAAUCAUAUUGUCGAUAAAUUUAUUGCUUUCAGUUAAGGCUAAAUAAAUUGAUUGUAGUUUUGAUGUGAGGCUCUUAAGGGUAGCAGUGCACAUUCGUAGGAAAGAAUCCGUGUUAUAGAAAGUUUGAUGGUUUUACACGAUAGUGAUUAAUAUUGUGUAAUUAGUAAUUGCCCAUCUAUGUCAGAAUGUGAGACGAUAGGUACAACUUGUAAAAUUGGAAGAUAGUACCAGACAUUAAGAAGACAAAUGGGAAAAAAUGCUUUCUUGUAAAGAUUGUAUUGCUAAGUAGAUUUGUUUAGUCAAGCAUAUUAUAACCAAGUAAAGAACAAAAUAUUUAUAGUAGCUUGCAUAUAUUCUACUGUAUGUAUUGUGAAACUUAGCACAGCUUUGACUUAUUUUAACAAAAUAAUAAUGUUUAUUGUAUUUAACAUUAUAAAGAGGAGACUGAUGCAUAUUGAUCAGAAUAUAAUUUGUUUAGAAGAUUUGUAUGCAGAGAUUUGUACUACAGAAACAUUGUUAGUCCACAUUAUAAAGUGUUAAAACUUGUAUGCCUCCAGAAUACAGUAUUAAGAGUUUCAAGUUUGUGAUAAUGCUUGGGUACCCCAUUUUUGUCAUAGUACUUCAGUUAACUAAGAAUUUUGCAAAUGUAUUGCCUUUAGAACAAGAAUAUAUCUUGCAUUAAAGUUUUAGUGUGUCUUCAGUUGUAGUGAACAAUUGUAAGCUUUUUUGAUAUAUAUAUUUUGGAAGUAUUAUUAUACUGUUUUAAACAUAUUUUGUUAUGAAGUUAGUGCAUCCCAGACCAGGGCAUAUUAUUAAUAUAAAUGACUAUGGGUGUUCUCACAGCUUAAAAUAUAAAUUGCAUGCUGGAAAUUGAGUGCCAGAUACGAGUAUAUUUCUUGGCAUGUACGUAUCACCUAUGUAUAAACUAUAUUUUUAAUAAAAAGUUUUAAAGGAAAUAUUUGUAUUUAAAGUAUUUUAACCAUACGAAUUAAUAAGAGUACUGUAUUUAUUGCAGUUUUGCAACUUUUGUGAGAUUUCAUGGCAAAACAAAUGUUGUACCUUUGUGUACAUCUGGGUACAAUUGGUUAGACAUAAAUAUGAAUAGGUUUGGGUGGAUAUAAAUAGAAAGUGCCUCAUGUAGGUCAAUAGAUCUUCUGCAGUUAACUUUAUUCCUAUGUAAUAAGAACCAAUGAGGAGGACAUUUUCAAAGAUGUCUUCUCCAAAAGGUUAAAAAGUUUAAUUGUAUCAUGAUAAAUUUUCUAAACCAUCUAAAUUAAAUAUUUUUUCAUAUUUAAACUAUAUAGAAAAUGUGUAACUGGUAAUUGAGAUUAGUAUUGCAUACUUGUCCAAGUUCACCUUCUUAUGUUACUGUCUAGUACACUGUUUCUAAUGUUUCUAUUUCUAUUCUAUAGAAACAAGUGUUUCUAUUUAAACUACUCUAUAAUGAAUAUGGGUACAAAUGUUAAUUGUUAUAAUUUUUAGAGGGUUGGAGAAUUGAUUGACAUUGGCACACUUGUAAACUGAAACAAGAGUGCAAUUAUGGGUGAUGCAUACUUCAUCUCUUUAUUCUGUAGCCAGGUGAAGAUGUUGGGUAUAUAUAUAUAUUUAAAGUGCAUUUGUUGGAUGUUGAUAUUGCCAAAUAUAAUAUGGAAACGCAGGUAUGUUUUAAUUAGGAAUUUGUGUAAUGUGCAAUUUUAUUCAUGCAGAGAUAAGAAAUAGCAGUACGGUACUGGUUACUUGUGCUGAGCGAUAGUUUCUUGCAUUGACUGUGAUUAUCUUCGUUUGCUGGCAUGUUUAUUUUUGAGUCCCCGAGAUGUAAAUAUAUUCUCUAAACCA